AUGGCAGAAGCUGAUGAUCAACCUGAUCUGCAAGAUGGGCGAUCCUAUGAGUGCAUAUAUUGCAAGCAUGGGUUCACCACUGCACAAGCCUUGGGUGGACAUAUGAAUAUCCACCGGAAAGAUAGAGCCAAGAGAGAUUCUAGUUCUUCAAACGUUGACAAGAUUGGCCCUAGACUCUACCGGCCAUGUUUGAUCACGAGUUGCAUCCACAGCCAUCAUCAAGAGGGACAACCUCAUGAGUUUAUGUUAGGAUCAAGGCCUACAAUGGAUCACCAAUACCCUAAUGGAUCAAUCACAAUUAGGCCUUCACGAGAUGAUCAGAUAAGCUUGAGCUUGAGCUUACAGUUUGGUCAUCAGUCACCUAAUCAAGAAGAAACCAUCCGAGGGGGAUAUGAAGAGGAUGAACUCGAUUUGGAGCUUCGUCUAGGGAAUUAUAUGUAG